GAUUCUAAAAAACUCCUUUCUCUCUCUCUUUCUCUCACUCUCUGUCUUUCUAUUUUCCCCAUGUCUUAAGUGUUUCUCUUUUGUUUGUUUUUUUUUGUUUUAUAUCUCGCUAAGAACACUCGAGUGCGUGGCAACGCUGAAAAAUUCGGAAGAAUCAAUCAAAUCUAGGUGGGGGGGAAAGAUUAAUAAAGAAACAAAAGAUUUAAUUGUUCAGUGUGGAUUAGGCGGGAUGAGACCAAUCGUCAGAGCAACGUUGACACUUUUCGUCGUGGAUUUCUGCUGGGCCGAUUCAACUGAAAAAUAAAAAUCAUUUCGAGAUGAUACACUAAAAACCUACCAUCUUCAACCCAAACAAACUGCUUGUUGAAAACGGAAUUUUGCCUUUAUUAUCGGAAAAAAAAGGGAUUGAUUUGUUGGGCAUGGAAAGUUCACUAACGGGCAUCAUCAAUGUGACGGACACUGAAAAUGAUGACGACGGAUGCCUGGAAAGGACGUGGUUCAAUAGCGACCAAUCGGCCGGUGAACUGAAUUUAUGUCCGAGUGCCACCAAUUCGAGCGAAGAUGAUUUCAACACGUUUUAUUUCUACCAGACGGAGCAGUUGGCCUUCUUGUGGAUCCUGCUCAUCCUCAUCGUCGUCGGCAACAUGGCCGUCUUGUUGGCGUUGGGCAUGUCCAGCGCGCGCAAGUCACGAAUGAACUAUUUCAUUAAACACCUCGCCAUCGCCGAUUUAAGCGUCGGCGUUAUCAGCGUCUUGACGGACAUUGUUUGGAAAAUCACCGUUGCCUGGCAUGCUGGAAAUAUUGCGUGCAAAGUCAUCCGCUUCUCACAGGUUCUGGUCACGUAUUCCUCGACUUACGUCCUGGUAGCGCUCAGCAUCGACCGGUACGACGCCAUUUGCCAUCCGAUGAAUUUCAGCCGAGGAUGGAGAAGAGCUCGGAUUUUGGUGGCCGUCGCUUGGAUAUUGAGCGCCAUUUUCUCGACGCCGAUGUUAUUCCUUUACGAAGAGGGUCUGGUGCAGGAACAGGUGCAGUGCUGGAUCGACAUGCCGGAGCCGUGGCAGUGGCAACUCUACCUGACUUUAGUCGCCGUCUCGCUGCUCGUCUUACCCGCUCUACUGAUCUUCGCCUGCUAUGUCAUCAUCGUCCGGACCAUCUGGGUCCAAUCGGCAGCCCUUACCGCUUCCAUGCCAUCGGCCAAUCGCAACAAUAAUAACACAGCCGGUAUUAAUCGAACGGGCGGAAGUGCAGGAACGGCCAUGCUGGACGAGGAUCAGGAAAGUCGAAGGGCCAGCUCUCGUGGCAUCAUCCCACGCGCUAAAAUCAAAACCGUCAAGAUGACCUUCGUUAUUGUCUUUGUGUUUAUUCUGUGCUGGGCACCGUACAUCGUCUUCGACUUGCUCCAAGUCUACGGCCACAUCCCUAAAUCGAAGACGAUGAUCGCCGUUGCAACUUUCAUUCAAAGUUUGGCGCCACUCAAUUCGGCCGCUAAUCCGCUCAUCUAUUGCCUCUUCUCCACUCACCUCUGCCGCAAUCUCAGAAAGAUCCCGGCGCUAGAGUGGCUAGCCGUCAAACUGGAGAACGCCGUCCAUUCGAUCGGUCUGUGUCCCGACUGGAAUUGCUGCGCUGCCGACGGCUCGGUUGACCAUCCGUCGUUGCAGAACCGGACGACAUCACGCGGUGGCACUGCCCACACGCGGACUAAUCACCGCAAUAGUCACCAUAGCCGCCAGAUGACGCAGAAUCAGUUCCGCGGUCAUUUCCAUCGGCUGGCCAACAACAGCAGCUCAACGGGCACGACUGUUAACACCACCACUACCACGGCAACGUCGCAAGUCGCCAACGCUGUCAAAGACAGCGGCCGUCGUGACGGCAAUUUGAUUCGACGGCUAUCGUCAUCGGACGUAACGGAAGUCGUCGCUGUGCCUCCUCCGGCCAUUGUUAAAGAACCGCUUCCGGCCAACAGUCGCAGUAGUCAGUGGGUUUGAUAAACUUGACGACAUGAGAAGAAACAUGAGCGCCGAGGAGCUCGUCAAUGAAAAGACGAAUGUUUAUCUCUACAGGGUUUCUGUCAUCUUGUUUUACAUCAUCUUACAAGUCAUAAAUUUCAUCUCAUUAUCUACUGGGACACAUAUAGCCAUGCACCAAAUAAUACGCAAUCACGUUCGGAUGGCAGCCCUUGUGGGAAAACGAAAAAAGGACGCCAUCUAAUCCAGUGAAUGAAAACGACCCUGUUGACAUGCAAGUCACGGUUGGAAUUCACGAUAAAACUAUAAAUGUGCUCUCCGCCUAAUAUUGGAUAAAAUAACACUAUCGUAUAUAAAUAUUCUUGAAACGUACAUACGUAAUGGCAGUUAGGACUACUUUUUUUUUCAAAACAUUUCUUUGACGUGUCAAUCUUGUUUUAUCCCUAACUGCAACGCCGUCAUGUAAAUUAUUGCAUAUUGUGUUUAAUGAGCGUCGGCGGGCUGCAGCAAACACGUAGCGACCAUCAAGAAAAAAAAAAAGAAGAACGCCUAUCCCACUGUCCUAUGUUUAACACAUCCGCUGUCUCGAUUUUUUGUUUUUUCUUCUUCUUUCACUCCGCAUUAUUUCACGCGGCCAGUCGUUUCUACCCGCCCUCCCGAAAACAAAAAGGGGAACGACUCACGGUCCAUUCUCUUUUUUUUUUUUUUUCUUAUCUAUGUGGUCUGUACAAAAUAACUGCCAUAUGAUCUUUUACUGUCAUCACGCUCUCGGUCCUGGAACGCUUGUAAGCAGAAAAAUUCUAUUGGCACAAACUGGGGAAUGGGGAGGCAGAAAACAAGAAGAGGGGGGGACAAAAUAAAAUAACGUAAUUCUAUGUUAAUAUUCACGGCGUGUCCCGCACAACCCGACACAGCACGAUCGAUAUACACGAUACUACAAACUAUUAUAUUAAAUAUAAAAACUUAUGAUUUCAAAUGGCAAAUUAACCGAAACAAUCUUCCCUCCCUCUCAAAACUGACAAAAAUGAAACAAUCCAAGUAUUAAUAUAUAUUAUUAUUUGCAAAAAAAAAAUAUGAUACUCUCGUUUCUACAUUCAAUGAGGUUAUGGGAAAAUAUACUAUUGUUCCAGACUAA